AGAAGAUUCAGGUUGAUGGUAGAUAUCAUAUUUAAUACCAACCUAACACCUUUUCUUCUUCUGACUUUUUCCUUAACACAGUUCACACUACGAGAAAAUCAAAGCAAGUCGUGACUUUUGAAAUGCACACCAUUUUUAGAAAGAGAGGCAAUAAUAUCACUACUAAAAAAACUUUGGAUUCUUGGUUAAGCCUCAACCUGUAAAAAUCAAGUAAAAGGUAUUUAAUGGUGGAGACGAAAAUUGGGCUGUGAUGGGUUUUAUGUGUCGUGGGCUCCGGUCAUGCCUUUCACGGCGCAAAAGGAAUGCAACGAUUGUGAUGAGAAGGCAUGAGCAUUAAAUACUGGCUGCAAAGGAAAAAAUCGAGCUUGACUUCAAAACUGAGCAAGAUGAUGAAAUGCAUUUGCUCAGGUGAGCAAAUGAGAGUGGAUGAAAUAAUCCCUUCAUCAGAAUCUCUGGCAACUCGGGACUAUUCGGCCAGUGGAUACUCUUCUCGAGCAGAAGGCACUGGUGAUAAUAAAGCCGACACAAGCAACAUAGAAGAGGCCGAGUCCUCACUUAGAGAGAGUGGCUAUUUGAAUUAUGAGGAAGCAAGAGCUUUAUUGGGAAGACUCGAAUAUCAGAAGGGUAAUGUGGAGGCUGCCCUUCGUGUUUUUGAAGGAAUAGACAUUUCAGCAGUGAUUCCCAGAAUAAAAGUAACUCUAGUCAGAAGGUCUGAGCUUACGAGACGUCAUUCUCAAAGUGAUAAUUUAGCUCCAAUGUCCAUGCAUGCAGUAAGUUUGCUGGUCGAAGCAAUUUUUCUCAAAGCAAAAUCACUACAGACCCUUGGGAGGUAUUCAGAAGCUGCUCAAUCCUGCAAAGUGAUACUCGACACUUUUGAAUCCGCUCUCCCAGAUGGGUUGACCCAAAAUUUAGCUUCUGACUGUAAAUUGCUCGAGACCUUAAACAAAGCAGUUGGACUACUCCCCGAGCUAUGGAAAAGCGCUUAUGCACCUCAAGAAGCAAUUCUGUCUUACCGUAGGGCGCUGCUCUAUCACUGGAAUCUGGACAUUGAAACCCGAACAAAAAUCGAAACAGAUUUCGCCAUUUUCCUUCUUUACAGUGGUAAUGAUGCAAAUCCUCCGAACCUCCGUUCGCAAUUAGAAAGCUCGUUCGUACCCAGAAACAACAUGGAGGAAGCUAUUCUUUUGCUAUUUCUCAUCCUCCAAAAAGUUGUCCUCGGUAAAAUCGAGUGGGACCCAUCUAUCAUGGACCAUCUCUGUUUUGCGCUGUCAAUGUCUGGCGAGUGCAAAUCUCUUGCGCGCCAAAUCGAAGAUCUGCCUCCGGAUGCUGUUGUAAGUAAAGAGAAGUACACAUCUUUAGCUUUGUGUUACUAUGCAGAGGGGGAUAGUGUGAGUGCUCUGAAUUUGCUGCGUAAUUUUCUGAACAAUCGAGAAAAUCAUAAUUCUGCGCUCGAAUUAUUGCUCACCUCGAAGAUUUGUACUGAGGGUUCUUGUUUUCUUGAAGAAGGCAUAGGAUAUAUUGACAGAUUUCUUCAAGAACCCGAAAGAUGUUGUGAAAAAACGAGUUCUGCGUGUUAUUUAUUAGGUCUGAACCUUUCAGCUCAAUCGAGAGGUGCUUGUUCAGAUGCACAGAGAAUAAAUAAACAAUCUGAAGCACUUAAAGCUCUUGAAAAAGCACACCGUGAGACUAGAGGAAAAAAAUCGAGCGUCUUGUUUGCGCUUAGUUUAGAAAAUGCCGAGCAGAGGAAAUUAGAGAGUGCUCUUCAUUACGCAAAGGAGAUGUUGAGAGUGGAAGGAGGUUCUAAUUUGAAGGGGUGGAUUCUUGUCGCUCGUAUUUUGUCGGCUCAAAAGAGAUAUUUUGAUGCCGAAAAUAUAAUCGACACUGCUUUGGAUGAGGCUGGAAAAUGGGACCAAGGAGAGUUGCUUCGUACAAAGGGUAAAUUACAGAUUGCGCAAGGGCGUUUAGGGGAUGCAGUUGAGACUUACACGAAACUUCUUGCUGUCCUUCAGGUGCAAAGAAAGAGCUUUGGGACCCACAGAAGGAUAUUGAAAGAAAGGCAAAAUAACAGAGCAAGUCUAGAAAUGGAAACGUGGCAUGAUCUAGCAAAUGUGUAUACGAGCUUAUCACAAUGGCGAGAUGCCGAGAUAUGCAUUUCGAAAUCCGAAGCCAUCAAUCCUCAUUCGGCUUCACGAUUACACGCAGCAGGAUUACUCCAUGAAGCCCAAGGGCAAAAUAAAGAGGCUCUAAACUCCUUCCAGAAAGCACUUGAUAUUGAACCCAAUCAUGUCCCGAGCUUGAUAUCAACUGCCACUAUCCUGCGGAAAAUCGGAGGGCAGUCAUUGCCUGUAAUCAAAAGCUUCCUGACAGAUGCAUUGCGUCUGGACAGAACAAACCCGAAAGCUUGGUACAACCUUGGACUGCUCUACAAAAACGACUCUAAUAUGGAUGCAGCUGAAUGUUUUGGGGCUGCAGCAUUGCUCCAAGAAUCCGAGCCAGUCGAGCCCUUCAGAUGAAAACACUUUUUGUUUUUUCGGUUGCUUUUAUGAAAACACUGAAUGUUGUUCAUAUGUUAUUUGAAGGCAGGUAAAGUUUUAAUUGUCAUUGUGCUGCAAAUGAAUGGCAAGAAUAUAAUUUGUAAAAAGAACCCCUAAAGUUUGAUCUAGUUAGAAGAUAACUCAAUCAUCUAUGAAAAUUAUAUAAGUAGUCCCAAAUAUCUGUGCAUCUGUUAGAUUGUCUGUCCAUUAUGAAUUGCGUGUCAAUAAGUGAUGAGCAAAUGGUGAAAAUUGUAAUACUGAGAGAACUGCAGAUUUAGCUAAAUUUCUG